AUGGCGUCGACGGACCACCUCCAGCGCAAGAAGCACAUGCUGCAAGUGGUGGCCUGGUUGCGGGAGAACUACAAGGUGGGCAAGAGCGGCUCCACCUCCAAGAACGCCGUCUACCAGCACUACUCCGACAUGUGCUCGGAGCGGGGCAUCGAGCCCUCCAUCAACGCCACCUACUUCGGUAAGCUGGUGAAGCGUGCCUUUCCCGGCGUGCAGUACAACCGCAAGGGACCCCGGGGCAACUCGCUCCAGCACUACACCCACCUGAAGCGCAUCAACCACGACAAGCUCAAGCAGCAGCGCCUGGUCGAGGAGGCGAGCCGCGCGGUGGAGAACUGCGGGGUGCCGGAGGAGGAGGCCCUCUACCGGCUCAUGCGGGAGAAGUACGCCGAAAUGUUUGCGCCUCUCGCCGCCGGACUCGACGUUGCGCGCGCGCCACACCACUACGCCGCCGCUCCGCUCCACCCCGUGGCGGCCGCGGCGGCCCUGCUGGCGGCUGACGGCGGCGGGCAUCCGUCCUCCUCCUCCUCCUACGCUCGGCCAACGCGCACGGGCCUCCUCUCCCCCGGAGAUGCCGCCCUCCACGGGGACCCACGCUUCCGGGCGGCGGCGACCUCCUCGCUCCACUCCGGGGCCAGCGACCCGGACGGCGCGACCGGAUCCGAAUCGCCGGCGAGCGGCUCGCCGAGCCUGCCCCCACCGUCGUCGUCGUCUUCGUCAUCGGCUGCCGGCGCGCUGGGCUCUCGCUUCCUCUCCUCCUCGCUCUCCAUGUCCACGGGUGCUUCGCCACCAGCGGGCUCCUCCUACGCUCACCUGGCACACCCGUCGGCCCACCACCACCACCAAGCGGGCAAGGCCGCCACCGCGGGUUUCCCCUCGAGCUCGGCCCACUAUGUCGUCAGCUCGUCCCCACCUUCGUCGCCGGGCAGCGGCCACCACCACCACCCGGGUGGUGGUGGUGGUGCCUACGCGCCGCCAGGCCAUGGCCACGGCGCAUUCGGGCCGGCGGCCUUUGCCUACCCGCCAACGUGCCCCUAUUGCCACCACUGCCUCCACUGCUACUAUAGCGGCGGCGGCGGCGGCGGCGCCCCUGCCGCGGGGCCGCCGGCCUUCUCCGGCGGCGGUGGUGGCCACGUGAAUGCCUACGCGCCCUCCCAUCACCCGGCCGGGCCUUCGUCUGCAGCGGCGGCGGCGGCGGCGGCGGCAGCUCACCUCGUGACGGCCAAGGAAGCGAGCGUGCUUGCCCAGUGGGUCCGCGAGCGACCCUUCCUGCCGCCCAUCGGCACGCACGGCGGCCCCUCGGCGCCUCGCAGUGCCGACUCGACCAACGUCGUCGUCGACGACGAUGACGAUGAUGACGACGGCCGUGGCCGCCGCGACGAAACUGACGAGACACACAGCCACCGCCGCGAGUCCGCGCGGGCACAAGGGCCAGGCGGCCGAGUGGCAGGCCAGUGGUGA